GUUCACAAAGUGGACCAUAUUGCACAAACACGGUAUUCACUACCCCUCCUCCCCACCUUCAGCUGCUUCACAAUUGGUCCAAAAACCUCAAUAUGAUCCACACAUCCUGCACAUUGCCCUGACAAUCUCCUUGCUGAGAUUGUGUGACAUGCCCAUCAUGCGACCCCACCACUUAUUACGCAUACAAACAGCUUCCUCCAUAUUUACCUCCAUAUCCCCUCAUUCCAUCACUCUCAAGCACAAGUUCAUCUCAGCUGUCGUACGCUCCCUCAAUACAAACUAUUCCUCUAUAUUCUCCCACGCGAAGGUAUCGAAUAGCAAGAAUGGCAGGUGAAGCAAUGAACGACGGGAAGUUUAAACACAACCUCACCGAGGCUCCCACCUACACAUCCAAGGUGUUGCCUAUGUUUUCACUCAAAGGACGAACCGCCAUUGUAUCAGGCGCCGGUGCUGGUAUCGGUCUUGCAGUUGCUCAUGCGCUAGCUGAAGCCGGUGCUAAUGUGGCUAUUUGGUACAACAGCAACAAGAAGGCUAUUCAGGAGGCAGAGAAGAUUGAGAAGGAAUAUGGUGUUACUUGUUCGUAUUACCGCUUACUAGGAUCAUCCGAGGUGCUGUGGCACAAGGCUAAUCGUCAUGCGAAUCCAUAGGCAAAGCAUACCAGGUCAAUGUUACCUCAUUUGAAGCCGUCGAAGAAGCAGUCAACACCGCUGUAACUGACCUCAAUGGUCGUCUCGAUAUCUUUAUCGCAAAUUCUGGUAUCCCAUGGAUUCAAGGCGCUGCUCUCGAUGGAGAGCUUGAACACUACAAGAAAGUGGUAACAACAGAUUUAGAUGGAACAUUUUAUUGUGCUCGGGCGGCGGGUCAACAUUGGAGAAGACAGAAGAAAGAGGGCACCACUAUUGACGGAAAGAAAUUGGAAGGAUUCAAUUAUGGAAGUUUUGUGGCAACGGCGAGUAUGAGUGGGCAUAUUGUCAACAUUCCCCAGUUGCAAGCCCCGUAUAAUGCUGCGAAGGCUGCAGUUAUUCAUUUAUGUUCGUACAUUUUCUCUCCUUCUCUCCAUGAGAUACUAAUUACAUACAGGUAAAUCCCUAGCAGUAGAAUGGGUUGGGUUUGCCCGCUCCAAUACCGUCUCUCCUGGUUAUAUCGCGACUGAGAUCUCGGAAUUCUGUCCCCCUGAGACAAAGGCUACUUGGAAGGAUAAGAUUCCAAUGGGUAGAGAAGGGGAGGCUCAUGAGUUGAAGGGGGUGUUCCUUUUCCUCGCCAGUGAUGCCUCAAGUUACUGCACUGGAACUGACAUUAUUUGUGAUGGAGGGUACUGCCUACCAUAAACGAAUAUAGACGAGAGAUAAUUGAUGAGGUGUUUAGGGGUUUGGAAUCUUGGGAUAAACUAGACAUGAUUGUUUCGGCAUGAAAUGAAGAUAUCAAGAACACAAUGGCAAUCUCCUUUGUGAAGGCAUAGCAUUCGAACGUCAAUGAAUUAACUUACAUGUAA